AUGUUCAACUUAUCAAGCCUUGUUUUGACGAUCGGCCUGGUUCAGGUUGCAUUCUGCCAGCUUGCGAGUCUCGGUCCAGGAAUAAAUGCUCCAGGAUAUGGUUUCGGAGACUUAGCUCAUACUCCUACUGGUUUUGGAGGGUGGGGUGGUUCAGGUUAUCCUGGUGUUGGAACAUAUGGAGGUGUUGGUACAGCUGAUAUUGCUGUAGCGGGAGAGAUUCCUGUAGCGGGUAGUACGGUAGUAGUUGGACAAGUACCGGUCAGAGGCAGCGUGGGUUUUAGUGGCCCGAUCCCUGCUGGUGGGAUCCUAGCAGUGUCUGGAAGUUGCAACUGCGGUGUAAAUGGAGCCAUAUUGAAUUAA